GGGAACAACAUGGAUAGCAUUUUGAGCCAAUCCAUAGUACUCCCACUACUACUCCUUCUCAUUUCUUCCUAUGCAUCUGCCCACAUCCCACGCCUUGGCGUCCAAAGAAGGGCAUCCCGAAACAAGCCCCAACAAGCUAGCACACUCGACGGUCUAGCCACUUUUUAUUACAAACAACCACUCGAUCACUUCAAUUAUCAGCCUCAAAGCUACGACACGUUUGAUCAACGAUACGUUAUUGAUUUCAAAUACUGGCAAGGUGUGAAUCCCAAUGCUCCCAUCGUUGUUUUUUUCGGUGCCGAAGAAGAUAUCGACGAUGACAUAUCGUUUAUAGACUUUCCCAUUCGUUUUGCGUCUCGAUACAAGGCUAUGCUUGUGUAUUUAGAGCAUCGAUUUUAUGGGAAAUCAGUACCAUUUGGUUCGAUAGAGAAGGCUAUGAAAAAUGCGAGCGUUCGAGGAUAUCUGAAUUCGGCUCAAGCCUUAGCGGAUUAUGCUGAAGUGCUUUUGCAUAUUAAGAAAAUGUUAGCUUCUCAAACUUCUCCUAUCAUUGUCAUUGGAGGCUCCUACGGUGGAAUGCUAGCUUCAUGGUUUAGGCUAAAGUAUCCCCACAUCGCUCUUGGAGCCCUGGCUUCUUCCGCCCCAAUCCUUUACUUCGACAACAUCACACCUCAAGACGGAUAUUACUCCAUCGUCUCCAAGUCAUUCAAAGAAACCAGCCAAACAUGCCACGAAACCAUACGAAGAUCGUGGGCUGAAGUCGAUCGAAUCGCGAACAACAAGCCAGAAGGGCUCAUGAUUUUGAGCAAAAGAUUCAAAACUUGUGAGAAAUUGAAUGGAAGUGAUGAGCUGAAGUACUAUCUGGACCAUGUUUUUACGUCCGCAGCUCAGUACAACAACCCGCAUGAGAAGCCAGUGAGAGGCAUAUGUGCGGCCAUUGAUGAAGCGGCAAGGAAAAACAGCGACGUGAUUGAGCAGGUGGUUGCUGGGGUCAUUGCUUUCAUGGGGGAGAGGGAUUGUUACGAUGUGUUUGAAUCUGGGCAUCCCGAUAAUCCUAUUGAUCCUUUUACAUGGCAGGAGUACAGCGAGAUCGUAAUGCCCAUUGGUGUUAGCGGCAAGGACAAAGACUCGAUGUUCCCAACGGCACCUUUUGAUUUCAACAAAUUUAAGAAGGAUUGCAAAGCUUUGUAUGGGGUUUCACCAAAUCCUCAUUGGAUCACAACUUUCUAUGGAGGCCAAGACCUGAAAUUAAUACUCCAUCGGUUUGGAAGUAACAUUAUUUUCUCUAAUGGCCUCAAAGAUCCUUACAGUAGUGGAGGGGUAUUGCAGAAUAUAUCUGAGAGCAUUGUUGCUAUCCCCGCAGAUGAAGGCUCCCAUUGCUUAGACUUACAAGAAGAGAGGGAGGAUGAUCCUCCAUGGUUGAUAAGCCAAAGAAAGGCUGAAAUGGAUAUAAUUGAUGCUUGGAUCUCGAAAUAUUAUGUCGAUCUCUUGCAAUCUAACCAAACUCUCGAUGCCCAUUGAUAUAUGUACUGAAGAUCGUCUAAAAUCGUUAUAAUAAAUCCUUUUUAAAUUUGGAAACAAGAGAC